AUGGAAAAUUCAUUUUUUCAUAAGGUUCAACGAGAUAAUAAGUACCCAUUUAUUUACGAAGCUCAACAAACAGUUUGGGAGAUUAUCAAAGAUAAUUUAUCUUCUAUAUCAACUGAAUUUACAAUUAAAGAUCCUGUGAUUGAUUAUGAAGAAGCUGAAGAUAAUUUAAAUUUAGAUGAAUAUAAUUCAAACACUAACGAUGAAGAAAUUACAGAUACUAAAGCAAUCGAAUUAAAGACAAUUCUAGAAAAGAAUCUUCAGAGAAUGCAGAGCCGUACAAAGAAUACAUAUGAUUGA